UCCUCCCCAAGAAGUCAAACAAUUGAUGCCGAGAUCCAUGUGGGAAGCUUCCAUUGGAUUUUGUAUUUUCAAACCUUUAAUUUGACAAAACCUUGAUUGGAUCUGGUCUUCCAAGCACACCCUUUUGAUCAAUAAGUACUUGUGGCUCUCUGUUUCCGUCCUCGAAUGAAUCAAACCAAAUAUUCCUCAGAACCAGAAAAAAAAAAAAAAACCCUUCUCAGAUGCUGAGUACUUUGAUCUGCGGCGCAGGCAGUUUCCAUAAGGAGGAAGCUGAAGAAGAAGACGAGCUAUGGAUUAACAGCCCCUAUUCGUCACCAAGAAAAUCAAGAAAAAGGAGCCAUGAUAAAAACAGCAAGAACCCGUAUUCCACUCGUGGGCUCGACAAGUUUUCUGCUCUUUUAGCUGAUCUUGAAGAGAAGAGACAGAAGAUUUACUUGCAAGCCGACGCCCAAGAAAUCUCUCUCGUCCGAUUUGUCCACUCCGACUCAAACGAUUGGAAGCCAAUUGUGAUAAAAUCGAAGGACAAAAAAGACGCAAAAACAAAGAUCAUCGAGGCUGUCAAAGAUUUGAAAGAAGGCAAGCAGCAGCAGCCGAUACAACUGGAAGAAGUUGAAGCAAAUGAAAAGCCUAAGAAGAGCAGCGUGUCAUGGAAUAUGAACCUGGGAAAAUGGAGGCGGCCGUCUUACUAUCUCCCGGCGACUGUAAUCUUCAUUUUGUUGCUUUUGCUUCUGUUUGGGCGAUCGUUUGCGAUAAUUUGCACCUCCCUUGGGUGGUACGCAAUCCCCACGUUGAAGGACAGCGUGAAUACGAAAAGGCCGACAAAGAAGAAAGAAUAUGUACGAGGAUUGAGCGAGAAUAAGAUGGCGAUCAGUGCGAAUACGAAGGAAUACACGAGGAGCAAGUCCGGGGACGUGGAAGGCAAGUCUCCGCGACAGCGCUGCCAUCAGAAAAGCUGGUGAAGAAGAUGAUCGGUUUUUAUUUUUUAUUUUUUUUCAUUUUUUUAUUUUUCCAUCUUUUUUAGGCUAAUUGACUGUGGUGUGGUGUCGAUAGAUGUAAAUUGUUUUUUUUGUUGGGGUUGGAUUGGAAAUUCAAUCUCUUCUCUUUUUGACACGCUCACAAAUGUAUAUUAUUAUUAUUAUUGUUAGUCGUAAUUAAGGUUUUGUAAUUGGCAUAGCGAGUUUGUACGAGUAAUUUCGUUGAGAAUACAAAACAAAACUCGUGAAAAGAAAAUUCAGGGUAUGUUUAAUAAUUUA